GCGGAUAGCACCGCGGCGCCCGAUCCUCCGAUGUCGAAUGCCAAUCGAAACAGAAACCCCAAUCAGUUUCGCAAUCCUCAGCACAGCCAGCAAACCGAAGCGAUUCCAACCCGAUCCCGACCGCGGAGGCCGGAAAUCCCCCGAAAUCCAAGCCCCCUCCUUUCGUCAGGCGGCCAGCAGCCAUGGAGGGGGAGAGCGCCGCCGCCCCGACGCGCCGCUGGGCGGAGAACGUGAUCGUGCUGUCCUCGGGGAGGCCGCCGCGGUCGGAGGAGGCGGCGGUGGUGGCGGGGCAGGGGCAGCACCAGCGCACGGAUGCGCCGCCGGAGAAGCUCUACUACAAGACCAGGCUCUGCGACAAGUACGAGGCCACCGGCCGCUGCGUGUACGAGGACGGCUGCACCUUCGCGCACGGCCGCGCCGAGCUGCGCCCGCCGGUCCCUCCCCACGCCCACGCCGUUUGGCGCAGGCCGCCCGACCAGGAGCACGGCGGCAGGAUCGUCUACGGCGGCGGCAAGGCGUGGCACAACUUCAGGGACAGGGGCCAUUUCGGGGACAAGCUCGCCUUCCCCCACGCCGCCGCGCCGGCACCACCUGGUCACGCGAUUCGCAUCACCGGGGACCAGAAGCUGCUGGCGGACGAGCGGAGGAGCGCCACGCCGCCCGCGAUGCCAUCCCCAGCGCCGCGCUACACUGCUCCGGGCCCGGCCAGGGCGUUUGCGCCGGUGCCUGCCCCGGCCGCGCGUGAUCGUCUUGGCCAGAUACCCGUGGAGGACGGUGGCAAGAAGUCCAACAGGCUGAUGCUCAUGAGCCUCCGGAAGACCAGCGGCAUCUACGGCGACUGGCCGGAGCAGUUCUGAAACCGAUUGAUCAGCCGUCACCAUGGUCGCAUACCCAUAUAUAAUUGGCAGUGCUGAUACAAAAGAAAAGGGGGAUUCAUUUUUCUGUGAGAGUGAACAAUUUUACCAUGGUGGUAUUUACCUGUACCGUAUAAUUCCAAUUCUUAUGAUUAAUCGGAGUCAUGUU